AUGGCUAGAGCCGCGCUUCUCGCGCUGUCCCUGGCGCUGCUGCUCGCAGUCGCCCGCGCCGGCAGCCCCCUGACCAGCGCCACGGCGAACGAGAAACCCGACCAGAGCAGCAAGAAGGACGACGGGCUCAUGACCGAACUCCCCGCGGACAUCGCGAAGCAGGCCGCGUCGGGCAACGCGGCGGGAGUCACCUACGUGGAUACCGCGCAGGAUUCGUUCUUCAUGGCUGAUGUGAAGAAGGCGGGAUGGAACGCGCAGAAGUGCCCGCCUGGAUUGAACAAGGAGCUUGCGGGAGCUUGCACGCCGAAAAACUGCUCCAAGGGCGGCAUCGCCGCUAAGUGGAAAACUGCUUAUCUGCAGAAGAACAAGCUCGGUUACGAGCUGUACGUGCCGGGUAACCCGCUGACCCUGCUCAAGGCGAACCCUGCUUCGUGUUGUAACACCUGCGCCGCGACGCCGCUCUGCACGUACUGGCAGUACAUCCCCGAUAUUACCAUCGACGGGAAGAAGGGCAAGGGCGCGUGUUAUCUGAUCCACGAUCAGAUUGACUUCACCUGCGGAGAGAUGACCGCGCAGUAUUCGACGGAAACGAAGCCGGUGAAUCUGCAGGUGCGCAUCGGCGGAGAGUGCAACCCUAGCGCGAAGAUCCUCAACGACCCGCAUUUGGUGGGCGCGCACGGCACGCAUUUCGACUUCAACGGCCGCCCCGACAAGGCGUUCUGCCUGCUCACGGACCGCGACCUUCACGUGAACAUGCUGCUGAGGGGGUACUAUGAUGAGCGCACCGAUAAUGCCGCGCUCGUGGUUGACGGAAAGGCCGUGCUCACGUGGAUUAAGGAGCUUGGCAUCGUCUGGACCGCUCAGGGCGCGGAUCACAAGGUUCGGCUCGCGGCGCGCGGCGGCAAGCAGCAGGAGCGCGGCGACGGGUUCAUGAAGAGCAUCGAGAUUGACGGCGAGGAGAUCCCGAGGAUGAAGGUUGGCGACACGGUGACGACCGGCGGCGGCCUGACGGUUCACUUCCGCGGGCUCGAGAAGGAAGGACCGUUCGAUGUGGAUUACUACAUGCUGACGAUCGACGGUCUGAUUUCGCUGGAUCUGCGCCUGCGCGUCGCGCACCCGAAGCUGCAGACCCCGACCGACGCCGAGGCGCACAUCAACGUCGGGAUUGCCGAGCUGGAGCACACAGAGGAGAUUCAUGUGGUCUUCCUCGCCCUCGUCCCCGCAGCAGCAGCGCUGCGCUACGGGCAAACUGAGCCGCCUCCCAAGCUGGACUACGCUUGGUGUGCGGCGGAGGUGGAGGAGUGGGUGGAUGUUCAGAUGGCAGAGACAGCGGAGGUGCAGUGGCAGCGGGAGGAACGGAUGGCUAAUGGCGAGAGCCCCAUGCCGCAGACUCUUUUCUUCCUGCAUGUGGCUCGAGCAGGAGGGAGGACGUAUCACCAGUGGUGCGUAUGA